AUGGCCACCACCACUUGCAGAGCCUCCCUCUGCUGCGCCAGGGCGCAGCAGCAGCAGCACCACCAGCAGCGCAGCACCCAGGCGACACCGGCGCCGGCGCAGCAGAAGCUCCCACACGGCCGCCGCCAGCUGCUGGGCGGCCUCGCCGCCGUCGCGGCCGCCGUCGCCUUGCGUCCGGCGCGCCCAGCGGCAGCCACCGGCAUAGAGAGCAUCGACCUGCCGCAGCUGCAGAUACCCGAGGCUCUGGCCCAGAAAAAGGCCCGCAACCAGGAUAUCAUCGACUCUGCAGAGAAGUCUUUCCAGGAGUCGGACCUGCUGCGCACGCUGAAGGAGCGCAGCGAGGCCAACCGUGGCGCCAACAAGAAGGCCCUGGAGGAUCGCUACUGCAUGCGGCAGGCGGAGCUGGGUGUGGGCGACUGCGGCGGCCUGCGCCUCAUCCCAGGCAUGACCAAGAGCGGCGUGCAGAAGCGGCCCGAGUGGAUGAACAGCCUGUUUGGCAUGGAGGAGCAGGAGUGA